AAAACACCAUUUCCCUGCCAACAAUGCUCUGCCGAUCUGCGACUGCGGUUGCCGCUUCCAUUGUGGCCCGUUCGGCUGCUCGCUCCACCGCCGUCCGCUGCGGCUCCACUGCCGCCACUGGCCCUAGCAAGCGCACCGCGCUGUACGACUUCCACGUCGCAAAGGGCGGCAAGAUGGUCCCGUUCGCAGGGUGGGACAUGCCCGUCCAGUACAGCGACCUCGGCAUCAUUGCCUCGCACCAUCACACGCGUGAGAAUGCAUCGCUGUUCGACGUCUCGCACAUGCUGCAGUUCCGCUUGCACGGCGCGCAGCGCGUCCAGUUCCUCGAGUCGCUCGUCGUCGCCGACGUUGCGGGGCUUGCCGAGACGGCCGCGACGCUCUCCGUCUUCACCAACGAGAAGGGAGGCAUCAUUGACGACACGGUCAUUUCUAACGCUGGCCAGACGCUGUACGUCGUGUCCAACGCUGGCUGCGCCGACAAGGAUCUCGCGCACCUGAACGCCCAGCUCGCGCGCUUCAACGCGGAGAAGAAGGCCGACGUCCGCCUCCAGAUUGUCGAGACGGCACUGCUCGCCCUCCAGGGCCCCAAGGCUGCCGCCGCGCUCCAGGCGCUCGUCCCGUCCAAGGACCUGUCCAAGCUGCCCUUCAUGCACGGCGUCGACGGCGUCACUGUCGAUGGCGUUGCCAACUGCCGCGUGACUCGCUGUGGCUACACUGGCGAGGACGGCUUUGAAAUCUCCAUUCCCAACCAGCACGCCGUGCAGAUUGCCGAAAAGCUGCUGACCAACCCCGCCGUCAAGCUCGCAGGCCUCGGCCCGCGCGACUCGCUCCGCACCGAGGCUGGCCUGUGCCUCUACGGCAACGACAUUGACGAGACCACCACGCCCGUCGAGGCGGCUCUCAAGUGGACGAUUGCCAAGCGUCGCCGCGAGCAAGGCGGCUUCCUCGGCGACAAGGUCAUUCUCCAGCAGCUCAAGGACGGCGUCUCCCGAACGCGCAUUGGCCUCGUGGCUGACGUCGGCCCCGCUGCCCGCCAGCACUCCAAGAUCCUGACCGCCGAUGGCGAGGUGAUUGGCGAGGUCACCAGCGGAUGCCCUUCGCCUUCCGCCCAAAAGAACGUUGCGAUCGGCUACGUUCCCCCUGCCUUCUCCAAGAACGGCACUGCGCUCCAAGUCGAAGUUCGCGGCAAGAAGUAUCCCGCCGUCGUUUCCAAGAUGCCCUUCGUUCCCACUCGCUACUACAAGCCUUAGUUAGACCCCAAUAAACUAGAACGUUAGAAAGAGUUGCCAAAGAAAAAAAAAAACCAAAACCACCGUCUCUGUUCGUGGUUUGUCA